GCGGCGGCGGUGCGUCCGGGCAGCCAGCGGCGGAUCUGAGCUGGGAAAUCCUUGUUCAAACCAUCCUCUUCUCAGUUGGAUUUUUGUGGGACCGCUGCUUUGCUCACUCCCUGGAGAAGUGCCUCUUGCAUCCAGGGCUCUCAUCCUGGUGCCCUGCAGUGGCCCAGCAGCAGUGUCCCUCUGUGCUGCUCUGGCUGUCAGAAGGACAGUUUUCUCCUCUAGGUCAGCACUGAAGCAAAUCCCGGCUAUCAUCAUGGGAGCUGUCUGGCUGGUUGGACUGAUGGGGCUUAUGUACAUCUGGUUUUCCAAAGUUGCUGCCCAGAGUCCCAUAAAAAGCCCCAGGGACCAGAAAACAGAGCACACCCUCUUGAUCAAUGAAAUCAACGCUGACACCCCAGGAGAGGACACUUCUGAGUUUGUGGAGCUCUAUCACACCAGUGGUCAAACAGCCCCUUUGGAUGGCUACUACCUGGUUUUCUACAAUGGCAAUGGAAACCAAGCCUACAAAGUUCUGAACCUCCAAGGCAAGGCUACUAACAGCCGAGGGUUCUUCCUCGUUGGCUCUGCCUCUGUGAAGCCAGCAAUAGUUAUUCCUAAGAACACCAUCCAGAACGGCCCUGACGCCAUCGCUGUGUAUUAUGGAAAAGGGAGCUACAAGGAAGGCAUGAGCGUCACAGGUAAAGGACUGGUGGAUGCCUUGGUGCAUAAGACGAAGAAGACAGACAGAGCGGAUACGCUGCUGGGGGUGCUGACCCCCGGCAGAGAUGCUUUGCUGGAGGACUCCACCUUCAGGUCUAUGGACGAGUCAAUCGAAAGGUGCCGUGGGGCGGGCGCUCAGUGGUUCUUCCAGGUGGCCGUGCCGACCCCAGGCACAGAUAACCACUGCGUCCUCACUCCUCAGCUGAACGCAUCCGCCGUCCUGAUCAGUGAGGUCCACGUUGCCUCUUCUUUGGAAGAUUCUGAGUUCAUCGAGCUCCAGGGUCCCCACUCCACCAUGCUGAGGGACGUCGUCCUGGUGCUGAUUGAUGGUCGGACCAAAGACAUUUAUUUCACUAUGGAUGUUUAUGGCAAGACUUCAUUGGAUGGGCUUCUCCUGAUCGGCCCAGCACAAAGUGAAAUCCCAGUGGACUUGGCAUUCCCAGAGAACUCCACUCAUCCUGUCCUCAGGGAUGGCCCCAAUGCCAUUGCUCUCUACAGAGGCAACAGCAGCAGCUUUGCUCCAGGAAAAGCAGUGACAACAGCUGGCCUGCUGGAUGCUUUCGUCUAUACGAGCACUGAGGGACCGAGCCCUGAGCUGCUGGACACCCUGACACCAGGCAGACCUGCCUAUAGGAGCGUGAGGCACCAGCUUGGAGAUGUGUCCAUGAGCCAGUGCAACUGCUGCUCAGUGACUCGGGACUCCUUGUCCUAUAUCCUCAGCAGACCCACCCCUGGCACAUUCAAUGAUUGCCCCAGCAGACGCUUCAGUCAGACUGUUUCCUUCUGCCUUCGUGUAGCAGAAUGCCAGGAGUGGCUCCCAAAGUCAGAAGAGAUCCUGGUGACUCUGGUGCAGGCCCUUGACAGAUCCUGCAGUUGUGGAGUUUUUCCAGCCUACUUCAAAGAUCUGAAGGCAGCCUGCCAGGACCAGGGGCUUGUGUUCACCACCCUGCUCACUGCAAAGUCAGAAGCCCAGCUGAGCAGCCUGCUGCUUGCCUUCCAGACCUUCCUGGAGAGCCCCAGGGCUCUGAGAUUUGAUGAAAGGAAUAUCACAGCAGAAAGCUCCUGCUUCAAGGAUAUCCCUGCUCCAGACUUGACCCCAGGCGCCCCAUCAGCGAUACCAAAAGGAACAGCAGAGCCCUCGAGACAAGCAGGCAAACUACUUAUCAACGAGGUGAACCCAGACAACCCAGGGGGAAGAGAAGACACGGAGUACAUUGAACUCUUCUACACUGGACAAACAUCCUUUGACCUCCAGGGAUACUGGUUGGUCCUCUACAAUGGCAAGACAGGACGGGCCUACCGGGUGCUGGAGCUGUCUGGACACCGCACAGACAGUCUGGGUUUCUUCCUGGUGGGAAGCAGCGCUGUGCGCCCAGCACCCAUGGUCAGGCUGCCCCCAAACACCAUCCAGAAUGGGGCGGACGCUGUGGCUCUCUACUACAGCAGCAGCACGCGCUACGUGCUGAACAUGGCUGUGACUGCCAAGGGGCUGGUGGACGCCGUGGUGUACACUUCCCGAGGGUCAGAGAAGGCAGAGCAGCUGCUCAAGGUGCUGGUGCCAGGGCAGGGCAUCCUGUAUGAAAAUGACUCACACAGCACAGAGGAUGAGUCCCUGAGCCGCUGCCACAGCCUGAGUGCUAGACAGCAGAGCAGCUUCCAGGUGACUGUGAUGACACCGCUCGAGGAGAAUGCCUGCAGCAGCCCCUCUGCACCAUCCACAGCCACCAUCCGCAUCAACGAGCUGGGCCUGGCGGGCGGUGGAACCGUCCACUUCGUGGAGCUGGAAGGGCAGCCAGGGGCCAGCCUAGCUGGGCUCAGCCUACUUGUCUUCAAGGGCCAGGAGGGCAAAGUGCAACGCAGCAUCACACUGAGAGGCAGCAUUGGGGCAUCAGGGCUGCUACUGCUGGGCAGUGAGCAUGGUGGGACAGAGUUGGCAUUCGAGGACAUCUCUGCUGCUAGUGAAGGCAUCAGCGCUAUUGCUCUGUACAGCACCAGUUUGGUUCCUGGUGCCAUGAAGGCAACAUCAGAGAACCUAGUGGAUGCUGUGGUGUUCACGUGCGGGCCGAGCACAGUGGGAGGACACCUGGACAUCCUCGGCCGGCUGUAUGCUGUGCCCUGCGGUUAUGACAGGUCCGUGUCCUUGAGCCGCUGCCCCUCCAGUGAUGCCAGCACAGAGCUGCAGUUUGCCAUCUCAGAGCCUACCCCUGGUCUGCAGAACAGCUGUCCUCAGGGCACCUUUGCCGUGGGUCUGGACCUGUGCUUCCUGAUACCCAAUUGCUCUGUGUGGAUCCUGAACCAUGAGAGGAUGCUGGAAAGCUUGAGGAAGGCCUUGGUGAGCUCUCUGGAGGAGAAAUGCUCCUGUGGUGUCUCUGAGCUCUACCUGCAAGAGCUGAACCUGACGUGUGUAGACUCUGUGGUGAAGAUCUCAGGUCGGAUGCAUGUUCCACUGCCAGAGCAGCAGCAGCCCGUGGAGAGCUGGUGCAAGGACCUCCUUGCCAGUCCCCACCGUUUUUCUGUGGAUGGAAGAGAGUUGGAAACCAGCCCUGAGUGUACGGCCCAAAGAAGCACGCCGGUGUCAUCGCAGAGCAGUUCCUCCCUCCACAGCUGGGAGAUUGCCCUGUUUGUCGUGGGAGCUCUGCUGCUCGCGCUCUUGCUGGUGGGCCUGGCGUUGCACUUCAUCAAAAGACGUUUCCAAAAUUACACCAACAUUGAAUUGAACGACUGCACUGAGAUGGCAGCAGACUUCUAAUGCUCCCAGGUACACCUACAGUGGCACAGCCACCACCACCAAGGCCAGGCUUGUGUCUGCAGGUGACAGACAAGCUGUCCAGCUCCCUCUUCCUCCAGGACCUGCAAAAUCCCAUGUGUGCAAAAUCCCAUAUGCAUAUGUGGGUACAUAUACAGGUGUAUGCACACACACACACACAUACAUACACAACAUGCCUGAACUAUUUUUACUCUUUUAAUUUUUUACCUCAAA